CUUAUACUUGAAAGGCGUAGAUUUAUUUGUUGUUAAUUUUUCAAGCUUUUUUUGACGCAGCACUGGUCACACUUAAGCGUCAGCAAAUGUAAACAAACAAUUCAACGUUUAAUGAAAUGAUUUAAAUAUGGUGAAAAAGGGGCAAUCAAAACGGCAGCCGUGGGUAAAGAACCUGUACUCCAACCGCGAGUAUCCGGACAACUAUACGGACGCCAGCUUUCUGAAGGAUCUGCGCACGAACCUUCAUGUCAGGAUAUACACAAUCCGCGAAGCAGUUGCGGGCAUUACGGUGCUCAACAACCAAAUAUCUUGCAUCACCGGCUUUUUGAUUCUCUACCAGCUCAUGUUAAGCGACCGCGUUUCGCCCACAACGAUCCUGGUUCCCAGUUGCGGUGUCACGGGAAUCGGGUACCUGUGCUACCGGGGCCAGAGUCUCAGUUGGGCCCUCCUGCGGGAGGAUUCCAAGACCCUUGUCACGGUUGUCCUGUUUGGAUACCUCUUCUCGCCAAUGCUGCACACAUUAACCCAGGCUAUCAGCACGGACACCAUCUACACGAUGACCUUCUUUGUCCUGCUUGGGAAUCUAGUUUUCGGCCACUACGGACUGGAUGUGGCUAUGGUCUCAAAGGCCAUCUCGCUAAAUGCAGCGAUAUUUGGAGCUAUUUGUCUGGCUUCCCGUCUGCCCACUUCUUACCACGCCUUUGUUCUCCUCGUCGAGGCAGCCGUUUUCUUUGUGCUGUAUCCCAUAAUGACGGAGGCGAACUGGCAUGCUGGAUUCAUGGUGCCCAUCUUUGCCACAUGUUGCAUAGCUCUGUACUGGAUAUCCCGGCCAGUACUCUACUUGUACGCAUUCACUACCGUAUUCAUCAAUUUUGUCUGUCCCUUCAUAUUUGUGUGGCAGCAGCAAUACAAGUUCAACAUCCACGGACCCUGGGACGAGGCUAUCGUGGAGGAGAACACCGAGGAGAAUCUGGAUGAGAACUUAUAGCGACAGCUUCGCUUCUCAGAACAGCUGCGGUCACGACCUGGUGGCGGCGAUGUCGGGGAGCACUUCACUAGUCACUAACCAUUCGCACGGUUUUAAAAAAUUUUGUUUUCAUUUUUUUAACACAACUGCUUUGCUUAUUCAAAGAUAUUGUUGUUUGUUACCCUUUUAUAUUGUUAUGUCUGAUUAGAUUGUAAAUAAGCCUUUAAUAAAUUAUACCAUUUUAA